AUGUCUCGCACAUUACGGGCGCAACAACACUUACCUCUCUUUACACGUUCAUUCACCAAUGGUGGUAAUUCACCACCGUCACCACUUAACUACUUUCAAUCUCGUUCACUUCCCAGCAAUACAAUCAUUAAAUUUGUACCUCAACAGCAAGCAUGGAUUGUUGAAAGAAUGGGUAAGUUCAAUCGGAUCUUGCCACCGGGUCUUGCAUUUUUGGUGCCCGUUAUUGAUAAAAUCACUUAUGUUCAAUCUUUGAAGGAAACUGCUAUUGAGAUCCCUACACAAAGCGCAAUCACUUCAGAUAAUGUAAGCUUGGAGCUUGAUGGUGUCCUUUACGUCAAGGUUAAUGAUCCAUACAAGGCCAGCUACGGAGUUGAAGAUUUCCAAUUCGCCAUUAGCCAAUUAGCACAAACCACAAUGAGGUCGGAGAUUGGUAAUUUGACCUUGGACUCUGUAUUGAAAGAACGUCAGGCUUUGAACAAUAACAUCAACCAAAUUAUCAACGAAGCGGCAAACGAUAACUGGGGUGUCGAGUGUUUGAGAUACGAGAUUAGAGAUAUACAUCCACCAAACGAAGUACUUGAAGCUAUGCACAGACAAGUGAGUGCCGAGAGGUCGAAACGUGCUGAGAUCUUGGAAUCUGAAGGUAAUAGGCAAAGCAAGAUCAAUAUAAGUGAGGGUGAAAAGCAAAGUGUUAUUUUGCAAUCUGAGGCCAACAAGAUUCAACAAAUCAAUGAGGCGCAAGGUGAAGCAGAACAAAUCAAAUUGAAAGCAGAAGCAACUGCUAAAGGAUUAAAGAUUAUUGCUGAUGCCAUAAAGAACACCGAGGGUGGUCAAGAAGCAAUCAAUUUACAGAUUGCUCAAGAAUAUAUCAAGGAGUUUGGUAAAUUGGCUAAGGAGAGUAACACUUUGGUUGUCCCAUCCGAUGUGGGAGACAUUUCCAGCUUUAUGGCACAAGGUUUGUCCAUAUACAAGAGCUUGAACCAAAAAGCAGAAAUUGGACAAAAAGAAAAGUAA